CUCUUCAUGUCGUGGUCUCCAACUACCCCCCACCAACUCUUUAUCAAAUGAAUUAUCAAAUCCAACUUGGGCUAACGAGCUAAACCAGGUUGAUAAUCGCGCUUAAAAUAACCAAGUUGAUUAUUUUUGUUUUGUUUGAUGUGAGAACUUGAAUGCAUUAGUUUCACGUCCAUUCUGUGUUUAGUAUUCGGUUCGUAGGUCGGUGUAGUAAUAUGGUAGCUCAUAUGAUGACUAGAAAAAUCCUUUCUUUGUACGAGUCGUUUUCUUUGAUUUUCAGACCUGACUGAAUUUCAGGGAUAAUUAUCUAUUUUUUGAAUCAAUAUGAGAUUAUCUUUUGUAGGAAAAAAAAGAAGAAAAAAAAGAGAAGCAGGUGACAACGUCUUCCGCGGAAGUAACAUAUGCACUUGGUGCGAAUAUCAUCCUUCAACUGGGAUUAUUUUGAGGGCUUGGCAUUAGCUUGUAGAUAUACUCAAUGUGGAAUAGCAAGUCGUCGUGUCAACUUUGAAUAAUCAUGAAAAUCUAGUUGUGAAUUAUUGGUACGACAAAUAGCCUGCAAAAACAUUGUUUGAUUGGAAGAUGUUGUUUUCGUGAUCCGUCGUCAUGGAUGACGUGAAUUUGUGAUUAACAAACAAAUAUCGCAGCACCUUCUUGGCUCUUGCAGUCUUGCUCCAUCCACUACUUUCUUUAAACCUUCAAACCAAACGCCCUCAUCUACUACACUACUCCUUGGUUGACUUUUUCUUGCACAUUUCUACUUCCCGGCGAACGACCUGAAAAUGAAGAUCGACGGCGGUGGACGCGAUCGCGACGAAGACGGCGAUGAACUCGUUCUGGGCCGACCUGCCAAGCGGCAGACAACACUCGUUAGUGAAAUUAUCACCCGUGGUACUACUCUUUUUCAUCCCUCCAACCUCUUCCUGCGCUUCCUCCCCAGAUUCAUUCGCCCCCAUCUGUUCUACCCGCCGUGGCCGUCGUCAUCGUCGCGGGACAUAGUUCCUCCUUCUCCUUCCUUCACUCCUUCUUCGUCGAGUGUUCUGCCUGCGAAGCACGACGUCUUCAUCAGCUUCAGAGGAAGCGACGUUCGCGUCGGCUUCCUGAGCCACCUCAACUCCUUCCUCAAACACCAGAAGAAAUUCGCUGUCUACCAAGACGAUUCAGAUCUCGAAAGAGGAGAGGAGAUCACGCCGUCGCUGUUGGAGGCGAUCGAGAGAUCCGCGUGCUACAUCGUGAUUUUCUCCCCCAAUUACGCCGGUUCACCGUGGUGCUUGGACGAGCUCGUGAGGAUCCUUGAGUGCGGUCAACGGUACGGACGGAAGGUAAUUCCGGUGUUCUACGGCGGCGUGGAUCCUUCUCAUGUCGAAAAUCAAACUGGAAGCUACCGGAAGCUUCCGAAGGGGGAGACGGUUGGCAAAAUUCGGAGUUGGAAAGCUGCUUUGAGUAACGCAGCCGCCAUUUCGGGAUUCGAUUCACGAGAUACCAGACCUGAAUCAAAACUAAUUGAGGAAAUUUAUAGAGCUGUGCUACAAGCUCUAUCCGCUCAAAUGGUACCAACAUCAUAUUCCAAUGUGGGUUUGGUGGGAAUAGAGAGGAGGAUGAAUGAGAUCGAACAGCGGGUAAUUAGUGGGAGUCAAAAUUUGACUAUAGGAUUGUGGGGGACGGGUGGCAUCGGGAAGACCACUCUUGCGAAGGCUUUCUAUGAUAGAUUUUCCAGUCAAUUCGAAGUUUUGUAUUUCUGGAGUGACUUUUCAGACCAAUUAAGUGCUUCAUCGCAUUUGCGUGAUGGUUUGCAGAAUAAUUUCUUCUCUACAUUGUUGGGUGAUGAGAAUGCGGGGAGAAUAUUUCCGGAUUUCAAAGAACAUCGGCUUCGUCGUACGAGGGCUUUGGUUGUCAUCGAUGAUGUGGGUGAUGAUGUUGGAGACAUCGGACACUUGAACAAUUUGUUUAACGGACGAUAUUGUGACUUAUUUGCACCGGGAAGUAUAAUUAUCCUGACAAGCAGGAACAAACAAGUGCUUAAGAACGUGUGUCAUUACGUUUAUGAAGUGGCGGCUCUUGAUAAACAUGAAGCUCUACUGUUAUUCUGCCUCCGUGCAUUCAAAGAGCAUUGUCCUCCAAUCGAGUAUGAGAAGUGGUCAGAGAGAGCUCUCACUUAUGCGGAGGGUAACCCCUUAGCUCUCACUACUCUAGGCUCGCAUUUGUAUGACAGGGACCAAAACUUUUGGGAUAUCGAGUUGAGAGCCUUGGAGCGUCACCCAAAUCGAAGUCUUGAAAAAGUUUUUCGGAGGAUUUAUGAUGGACUAGGUGAAAUAGAGAAAAAUGCAUUCCUUGAUAUUGCAUGUCUUUAUGGUCGAUCCAAGGUUUAUGUCAAGGAGUUGAAAAGACUAUUGGAUGGAAACUAUGUUGAACAUGGUGGGAGUGAAAACCUUAUUACUAAAUUUGUUGACAUGUCUAUGUUAACAGCCGUCAAUGUUCCUUUUUAUUACGUAAAAAUGCAUGGGUUGCUGGUUGAUUUGGGUCGUAGCUUUGUCAAUGAAAAGCUCCGACUUGAAAAACGUUCAUGGCUGUUUGAAGCUCAAGACAUAUAUAGUUUCUUUAAACAAGACAAGGGAAGUAAAGUUACCCGAGGCAUUCGUUGGGAUAAAUCCAGUGGUGAGUCAGGGAUAGAGGCAAUACACAUGCAAUCUGAUGCUUUUGUGAAGUUGGAAAAUCUUAGAUACCUUUGGAUACGUCAAUCUGACACAAAAUUGGUUCUUUCUAAAGACGGUUUGAGAUGCCUACCGAAUUCAUUGGUAAUUCUUAAGUGGAACUCAUUCCCAAUGAGAUGUUUACCAUAUGAAUUUUGUCCGGAGAAUCUUACGACACUGUCUUUGCCUUCAAGCAACAUAGAACGACUUUGGGACGACAUGCAGAAUGUGGAUUUAAGAAAUUUGAAGUUCCUUAAUCUAAGCAAAUCCAUAUACUUGAAGAAGUUGCCUGAUCUCUCUACGGCUAAAAGACUGGAAACAAUCAAUCUUCGUUUCUGUGUGAGCUUAUUGGAGCUUCCUCUAUCGAUUUUGCAUCUGCCCAAACUGGAAGACCUCGAUUUAGAAGGGUGUAUCAGCUUGGAGUUGAAUGCAUUGGGAUAUUACACAGAUGUCAACAAGAACGAUGAUAGGGCUACUCCUGCCAUUUUUCCAAAACUAAAUCGAUUGAAACUAACCGGCACAUCAAUUCAAAACCAGAAGUUGGAGGAGCUGGAGAAGUUAACGGGGUGUGGCGAAAUUUCGGCCAAUGAUCAAGAGCUUGUUCAUUUAUGUGAUCUAAUUUUUCAGUCGAAGGCUCUUGUAGUUAUCCUUUUAUCUAACUGCAUCUGGCUGAAGGAACUUCCAGAAAUCUUGGUGCCCAUGGAAGAUUUAUCACGUCUUCAUCUAGAUGGGUGCAUCAAUCUAUCACGACUUCCAGAUAGCAUUUCCAAUCUGGUACAAUUGAAAGAGCUUAGGUUGCUUCGUACAGCAAUCCAAGAGCUGCCAGCCACCAUUGGAGAUCUCGCAUGCUUGGAACAACUGUAUCUCCAAGAUUGCACAAGUCUCAAACACCUCUGCGGCACCAUUCACAAGCUAUCCAAAUUGUACAUCCUCGGGUUGUCAGGUUGCAGCCAACUCAGUCACUUACCGGAGCUUCCUUCAUCCUUGACAGAGUUGGACGCAUAUGGCUGCACCGCACUUCAAACCAUGUCAACUAGCGGCUUGAGUAAACAUAACUUCUUGAUGUGUGAAUGGAAUUUUGGAAACUGUGGAAAGCUGGAUUCAGAUGUGUGCAGCAUGCUUUUCAACAAGUUCACUCAAGAUGCCUUGGGUACGCGUACGAAAACGAAUCAUCCUCCAUGGCUCUUACUUCCAAGAGGUUGGAAUAGUCCUGAUGGAUGGAGGCCUUCUGGGCUUAAUUCAGUGGUGACAGCCACACUUGGUCGCCUUUGGCAGUUGAAGGGACUAAUCUAUUGUGCUUCAUUCCAUACCGAAGUUGUCCAUCCACCUAUCCUUACUAGUGCCUCAUUUGCUAUGUUCAAAGUUGACUGUCACAAUUUGUCUAGCACUGGCGGGGGGGAUGUCAUAACUGCGAGUUCUUGCGUAGUUCCAAUAGAUUGUGAAAACCUUUAUUCAGAAGAUGACCGGGGAAGUAACCUGUUAAUAUGGUAUGAUUCUGAGGUUAGCUGGAUGAGGGAGGUUUUAGUACCUCUGGAGAUCACAGUUACAGAUGAUGCUACCAUUAAAUUCGUCAUUCAGGCCAAGUGCAGAGCCAGUCUCAAGGGAGGUGGUCCUGUUGAAGUUGAAGUACCAAUCAUUGUGGAGAAUUGUGGGGUAAUACCGGUUUACGACAACAGGGAGAUAAUAAUAAUAGAUGAUGACGACAGUUGAUCUCCAGAGAGCCUCCUCGAGACAAUAUUGUUACAGAUCACAGGGCAGCUGAAUUGAUGAAAGGAAAUUUUUAUGUCGGUAUACAAUUGGUUGUUCUUUUCUUAUUCUAGUCUUCCUGUGUUAUAAUGAACUCAAUUCUAUCGCGCUUCAGCGGCAGUUAUAAGUACUGGUUGAUCGAGCUUACCUUGUUCUCGCUACUGCCAAAACCAGUUUUGGUUCCAACUUCAAAUUUCUCCUUUUUAAGUAGUACAGGUAACACAAAUCAGAAUAUUUCAUCAUCAGUAAGCCGUGCAAUAAUGUCAAAGCCGCACUUGCUUGGUCCGGAAAUGUGAGUAUUAAUUAUGCAGUCCUCUCCACGCCCGACAACAUCAUAAUUAUCCCAAACUCGAUCAAUAUGACAUAGUCUAACAAUUCAUAUGAUUAAGUGAGGAUUGACAGACUAAUAGUUGUCAUAGACAAUCGAGGAUGAGAUCACCUAUUCCCCAAGCUGGUAUUGCACUAAUCGAGUGAAUAAUAACAACCAAUGAGAUGACGGACUCAUCGAAACAAAAGCAAUUGAAAUGA